AUGUCUGAAGCAGCUUCGGAAAUCACCUGGCUUAGUCAUGUGAUGAAGGAUUUGGGCAUCUCUCUUAUGCGGACUCCACUUUUGUACUGUGACAAUCUCUCGUCAAUCUAUCUCACGGCUAAUCCAGCGUCCCAUAAACGGUCGAAACAUUUUGAGACACACCACCACUAUGUGAGGGAACGUGUUGCUCUUGGUCUAUUAGAGGUGAAGCAUCUUUCAUCUCAUAUGCAGAUUGCAGACAUUUUCACUAAGUCCUUGCCCAUUACAGCGUUUGAGUCACUUCGAUACAAACUCGGUGUAGAUGUUCCACCCACACCAAGUUUGAGAGGGGCUAAUAACAGAACAAUGCAGAGUGGAGAGGAGAAGCAAGUGAGGCAAGGUGAAAAUGUGAAAACCGAAGUAUUAAAGCCCAAGUUGAGUAGUCAAGAGACAAAGCCCAUCAGAGAGUCCAUGAAUGCUCAACGGCUAGUUUCACAAACAGAGGAUACGGUAGAGAUUGCAGGGAAAAGAGAUAAAGCCGAUAAACUAGCAAAAGCAAAAGUAACCUAA